AUGCGCAACAGUCUUUCUAUACUUGCUGCCCUAACCGUGGCCUCAUCGUCAGCCUUGCCAAGUGCAACCGAUGUAGGAUCGAUUACUACACUGAGAGCUAAACGGCAAUGCUCCAUGGGCAGAUGUGGCACCACUCCGAUAUGCAAUAUUUGCCCAGUAUGCUGCUCGGAUUCACCUCAAAUGAUCAUGGAAGUACCGCAACAGAGGAGUUGUUGUGCAUCUCCGAGACCGUCACCAAGUUGCUGUCAAGCGCCACCUCCACCACCUCCACCUCCUCCGGUUGUUUCGACCGUCCAGUGCUGUAGAGCUGCUCCUGUUCCUGUAAACCCUUGCUGCCAGGCGCUAAUACCUGCACCAGCGCCACCACCUGCAGAUCAAGAGCAAUGCUGUCUCGCUGCACCAUCUCCAAACAAUAUUUGCUGUCGAGAGAUGGCCCCAAUGCCGGCUCCACCUCCUUGUAGAUGUGGUGCUCGUCCUAGUGAGAUGGAGUGCCCCGGAUGCAUGUCCUACAAGCCAAGGCAAUUUUUCAUAUGUCCUCCGAUGUCGAUCUCCUGCAGAUUAGCGUUCCGUGCCCGAAGAGACGCCUAUCCCAGUCUGCUCCCUCGUCUCGACUCACAUUCAUUGUGA